AUGUCCAUCACUGUAUCUUACCAGAUUCAGCGGGAGGAGGUGAAUGUGAAGAAGGGAAUCAAGGAGGCGGUUGAGAAUCAACAAAGUGCUCUCACCAGCGUGCUCUCUCAAUCUUGCCACUUUGCCGCAUGCCUUCCUCUCUCCCCUUUCUCCGCAGAGAUUCAGCGGGAGGAGGUGAAUGUGAAGAAGGGAAUCAAGGAGGCGGUUGAGAAUCAACAAAGUGCUCUCACCAGCGUGCUCUCUCAAUCUUGCCACUUUGCCGCAUGCCUUCCUCUCUCCCCUUUCUCCGCAGAGAUUCAGCGGGAGGAGGUGAAUGUGAAGAAGGGAAUCAAGGAGGCGGUUGAGAAUCAACAAAGUGCUCUCACCAGCGUGCUCUCUCAAUCUUGCCACUUUGCCGCAUGCCUUCCUCUCUCCCCUUUCUCCGCAGAGAUUCAGCGGGAGGAGGUGAAUGUGAAGAAGGGAAUCAAGGAGGCGGUUGAGAAUCAACAAAGUGCUCUCACCAGCGUGCUCUCUCAAUCUUGCCACUUUGCCGCAUGCCUUCCUCUCUCCCCUUUCUCCGCAGAGAUUCAGCGGGAGGAGGUGAAUGUGAAGAAGGGAAUCAAGGAGGCGGUUGAGAAUCAACAAAGUGCUCUCACCAGCGUGCUCUCUCAAUCUUGCCACUUUGCCGCAUGCCUUCCUCUCUCCCCUUUCUCCGCAGAGAUUCAGCGGGAGGAGGUGAAUGUGAAGAAGGGAAUCAAGGAGGCGGUUGAGAAUCAACAAAGUGCUCUCACCAGCGUGCUCUCUCAAUCUUGCCACUUUGCCGCAUGCCUUCCUCUCUCCCCUUUCUCCGCAGAGAUUCAGCGGGAGGAGGUGAAUGUGAAGAAGGGAAUCAAGGAGGCGGUUGAGAAUCAACAAAGUGCUCUCACCAGCGUGCUCUCUCAAUCUUGCCACUUUGCCGCAUGCCUUCCUCUCUCCCCUUUCUCCGCAGAGAUUCAGCGGGAGGAGGUGAAUGUGAAGAAGGGAAUCAAGGAGGCGGUUGAGAAUCAACAAAGUGCUCUCACCAGCGUGCUCUCUCAAUCUUGCCACUUUGCCGCAUGCCUUCCUCUCUCCCCUUUCUCCGCAGAGAUUCAGCGGGAGGAGGUGAAUGUGAAGAAGGGAAUCAAGGAGGCGGUUGAGAAUCAACAAAGUGCUCUCACCAGCGUGCUCUCUCAAUCUUGCCACUUUGCCGCAUGCCUUCCUCUCUCCCCUUUCUCCGCAGAGAUUCAGCGGGAGGAGGUGAAUGUGAAGAAGGGAAUCAAGGAGGCGGUUGAGAAUCAACAAAGUGCUCUCACCAGCGUGCUCUCUCAAUCUUGCCACUUUGCCGCAUGCCUUCCUCUCUCCCCUUUCUCCGCAGAGAUUCAGCGGGAGGAGGUGAAUGUGAAGAAGGGAAUCAAGGAGGCGGUUGAGAAUCAACAAAGUGCUCUCACCAGCGUGCUCUCUCAAUCUUGCCACUUUGCCGCAUGCCUUCCUCUCUCCCCUUUCUCCGCAGAGAUUCAGCGGGAGGAGGUGAAUGUGAAGAAGGGAAUCAAGGAGGCGGUUGAGAAUCAACAAAGUGCUCUCACCAGCGUGCUCUCUCAAUCUUGCCACUUUGCCGCAUGCCUUCCUCUCUCCCCUUUCUCCGCAGAGAUUCAGCGGGAGGAGGUGAAUGUGAAGAAGGGAAUCAAGGAGGCGGUUGAGAAUCAACAAAGUGCUCUCACCAGCGUGCUCUCUCAAUCUUGCCACUUUGCCGCAUGCCUUCCUCUCUCCCCUUUCUCCGCAGAGAUUCAGCGGGAGGAGGUGAAUGUGAAGAAGGGAAUCAAGGAGGCGGUUGAGAAUCAACAAAGUGCUCUCACCAGCGUGCUCUCUCAAUCUUGCCACUUUGCCGCAUGCCUUCCUCUCUCCCCUUUCUCCGCAGAGAUUCAGCGGGAGGAGGUGAAUGUGAAGAAGGGAAUCAAGGAGGCGGUUGAGAAUCAACAAAGUGCUCUCACCAGCGUGCUCUCUCAAUCUUGCCACUUUGCCGCAUGCCUUCCUCUCUCCCCUUUCUCCGCAGAGAUUCAGCGGGAGGAGGUGAAUGUGAAGAAGGGAAUCAAGGAGGCGGUUGAGAAUCAACAAAGUGCUCUCACCAGCGUGCUCUCUCAAUCUUGCCACUUUGCCGCAUGCCUUCCUCUCUCCCCUUUCUCCGCAGAGAUUCAGCGGGAGGAGGUGAAUGUGAAGAAGGGAAUCAAGGAGGCGGUUGAGAAUCAACAAAGUGCUCUCACCAGCGUGCUCUCUCAAUCUUGCCACUUUGCCGCAUGCCUUCCUCUCUCCCCUUUCUCCGCAGAGAUUCAGCGGGAGGAGGUGAAUGUGAAGAAGGGAAUCAAGGAGGCGGUUGAGAAUCAACAAAGUGCUCUCACCAGCGUGCUCUCUCAAUCUUGCCACUUUGCCGCAUGCCUUCCUCUCUCCCCUUUCUCCGCAGAGAUUCAGCGGGAGGAGGUGAAUGUGAAGAAGGGAAUCAAGGAGGCGGUUGAGAAUCAACAAAGUGCUCUCACCAGCGUGCUCUCUCAAUCUUGCCACUUUGCCGCAUGCCUUCCUCUCUCCCCUUUCUCCGCAGAGAUUCAGCGGGAGGAGGUGAAUGUGAAGAAGGGAAUCAAGGAGGCGGUUGAGAAUCAACAAAGUGCUCUCACCAGCGUGCUCUCUCAAUCUUGCCACUUUGCCGCAUGCCUUCCUCUCUCCCCUUUCUCCGCAGAGAUUCAGCGGGAGGAGGUGAAUGUGAAGAAGGGAAUCAAGGAGGCGGUUGAGAAUCAACAAAGUGCUCUCACCAGCGUGCUCUCUCAAUCUUGCCACUUUGCCGCAUGCCUUCCUCUCUCCCCUUUCUCCGCAGAGAUUCAGCGGGAGGAGGUGAAUGUGAAGAAGGGAAUCAAGGAGGCGGUUGAGAAUCAACAAAGUGCUCUCACCAGCGUGCUCUCUCAAUCUUGCCACUUUGCCGCAUGCCUUCCUCUCUCCCCUUUCUCCGCAGAGAUUCAGCGGGAGGAGGUGAAUGUGAAGAAGGGAAUCAAGGAGGCGGUUGAGAAUCAACAAAGUGCUCUCACCAGCGUGCUCUCUCAAUCUUGCCACUUUGCCGCAUGCCUUCCUCUCUCCCCUUUCUCCGCAGAGAUUCAGCGGGAGGAGGUGAAUGUGAAGAAGGGAAUCAAGGAGGCGGUUGAGAAUCAACAAAGUGCUCUCACCAGCGUGCUCUCUCAAUCUUGCCACUUUGCCGCAUGCCUUCCUCUCUCCCCUUUCUCCGCAGAGAUUCAGCGGGAGGAGGUGAAUGUGAAGAAGGGAAUCAAGGAGGCGGUUGAGAAUCAACAAAGUGCUCUCACCAGCGUGCUCUCUCAAUCUUGCCACUUUGCCGCAUGCCUUCCUCUCUCCCCUUUCUCCGCAGAGAUUCAGCGGGAGGAGGUGAAUGUGAAGAAGGGAAUCAAGGAGGCGGUUGAGAAUCAACAAAGUGCUCUCACCAGCGUGCUCUCUCAAUCUUGCCACUUUGCCGCAUGCCUUCCUCUCUCCCCUUUCUCCGCAGAGAUUCAGCGGGAGGAGGUGAAUGUGAAGAAGGGAAUCAAGGAGGCGGUUGAGAAUCAACAAAGUGCUCUCACCAGCGUGCUCUCUCAAUCUUGCCACUUUGCCGCAUGCCUUCCUCUCUCCCCUUUCUCCGCAGAGAUUCAGCGGGAGGAGGUGAAUGUGAAGAAGGGAAUCAAGGAGGCGGUUGAGAAUCAACAAAGUGCUCUCACCAGCGUGCUCUCUCAAUCUUGCCACUUUGCCGCAUGCCUUCCUCUCUCCCCUUUCUCCGCAGAGAUUCAGCGGGAGGAGGUGAAUGUGAAGAAGGGAAUCAAGGAGGCGGUUGAGAAUCAACAAAGUGCUCUCACCAGCGUGCUCUCUCAAUCUUGCCACUUUGCCGCAUGCCUUCCUCUCUCCCCUUUCUCCGCAGAGAUUCAGCGGGAGGAGGUGAAUGUGAAGAAGGGAAUCAAGGAGGCGGUUGAGAAUCAACAAAGUGCUCUCACCAGCGUGCUCUCUCAAUCUUGCCACUUUGCCGCAUGCCUUCCUCUCUCCCCUUUCUCCGCAGAGAUUCAGCGGGAGGAGGUGAAUGUGAAGAAGGGAAUCAAGGAGGCGGUUGAGAAUCAACAAAGUGCUCUCACCAGCGUGCUCUCUCAAUCUUGCCACUUUGCCGCAUGCCUUCCUCUCUCCCCUUUCUCCGCAGAGAUUCAGCGGGAGGAGGUGAAUGUGAAGAAGGGAAUCAAGGAGGCGGUUGAGAAUCAACAAAGUGCUCUCACCAGCGUGCUCUCUCAAUCUUGCCACUUUGCCGCAUGCCUUCCUCUCUCCCCUUUCUCCGCAGAGAUUCAGCGGGAGGAGGUGAAUGUGAAGAAGGGAAUCAAGGAGGCGGUUGAGAAUCAACAAAGUGCUCUCACCAGCGUGCUCUCUCAAUCUUGCCACUUUGCCGCAUGCCUUCCUCUCUCCCCUUUCUCCGCAGAGAUUCAGCGGGAGGAGGUGAAUGUGAAGAAGGGAAUCAAGGAGGCGGUUGAGAAUCAACAAAGUGCUCUCACCAGCGUGCUCUCUCAAUCUUGCCACUUUGCCGCAUGCCUUCCUCUCUCCCCUUUCUCCGCAGAGAUUCAGCGGGAGGAGGUGAAUGUGAAGAAGGGAAUCAAGGAGGCGGUUGAGAAUCAACAAAGUGCUCUCACCAGCGUGCUCUCUCAAUCUUGCCACUUUGCCGCAUGCCUUCCUCUCUCCCCUUUCUCCGCAGAGAUUCAGCGGGAGGAGGUGAAUGUGAAGAAGGGAAUCAAGGAGGCGGUUGAGAAUCAACAAAGUGCUCUCACCAGCGUGCUCUCUCAAUCUUGCCACUUUGCCGCAUGCCUUCCUCUCUCCCCUUUCUCCGCAGAGAUUCAGCGGGAGGAGGUGAAUGUGAAGAAGGGAAUCAAGGAGGCGGUUGAGAAUCAACAAAGUGCUCUCACCAGCGUGCUCUCUCAAUCUUGCCACUUUGCCGCAUGCCUUCCUCUCUCCCCUUUCUCCGCAGAGAUUCAGCGGGAGGAGGUGAAUGUGAAGAAGGGAAUCAAGGAGGCGGUUGAGAAUCAACAAAGUGCUCUCACCAGCGUGCUCUCUCAAUCUUGCCACUUUGCCGCAUGCCUUCCUCUCUCCCCUUUCUCCGCAGAGAUUCAGCGGGAGGAGGUGAAUGUGAAGAAGGGAAUCAAGGAGGCGGUUGAGAAUCAACAAAGUGCUCUCACCAGCGUGCUCUCUCAAUCUUGCCACUUUGCCGCAUGCCUUCCUCUCUCCCCUUUCUCCGCAGAGAUUCAGCGGGAGGAGGUGAAUGUGAAGAAGGGAAUCAAGGAGGCGGUUGAGAAUCAACAAAGUGCUCUCACCAGCGUGCUCUCUCAAUCUUGCCACUUUGCCGCAUGCCUUCCUCUCUCCCCUUUCUCCGCAGAGAUUCAGCGGGAGGAGGUGAAUGUGAAGAAGGGAAUCAAGGAGGCGGUUGAGAAUCAACAAAGUGCUCUCACCAGCGUGCUCUCUCAAUCUUGCCACUUUGCCGCAUGCCUUCCUCUCUCCCCUUUCUCCGCAGAGAUUCAGCGGGAGGAGGUGAAUGUGAAGAAGGGAAUCAAGGAGGCGGUUGAGAAUCAACAAAGUGCUCUCACCAGCGUGCUCUCUCAAUCUUGCCACUUUGCCGCAUGCCUUCCUCUCUCCCCUUUCUCCGCAGAGAUUCAGCGGGAGGAGGUGAAUGUGAAGAAGGGAAUCAAGGAGGCAGCAAAAAGGGGCGAUCUGGGAUCAGCCAAGCAUCUAGCCAAGGAGCUGGUGCGAUCUCGCAAGGCAAUUGGCCGCAUGCACGAGCAGAAGGCUCAAAUGAACUCCAUUUCGCUGCAUCUGGGGGAGAACAUUGCCAUGGCAAAGGUGGCGGGGCACAUGGCGAAGAGCACAGAGGUGAUGAAGCUAGUCAGUGGGCUGAUCAAAGUGCCUCAGGUGGCGGGCACCAUGCAAGAGCUUUCCAAAGAGAUGAUGAAGGCUGGAUUAAUAAGUGAGAUGCUUGAAGAGGCAGUGGACGAUGCUUUGGACACGGAGGAGAUGGAGGAUGAGAUGGAAGAGGAGGUGAACAAGGUUCUUGAUGAGCUGGCGACGGAAACUACCACGCAGCUUCCCACGGCGGUGCGGCAAAAGCAGAGGGCGGCAGAGGCAGCAGGGGUGGAGGAGGAGGAUGAGAGGGUGCCUCAGAUGGAGAUGGGGUUGGGAGCAGAGGACGAGGCGGAAUUGGCUCGGCUUAAAGCCAAGUACAAGUGA